AUGACAGCAAGAAAAGUUGCGCGUCAAGCGGUAUCUACUCCGCAGAAUAGUUCUCUCAGUAAAACUGAGAAAAAAGAGAGCUCCCCACCUACAUCUUGGCUUGAGCGUAUUGAGGAGCAACUGGAUUCACAGAGGAAGAUUAUUGUGGAAGAGAUAGCUGAACGGUUAAAAUCAUCUGAAGAACGAGUGAUGCAGCGAUUUGGCGAGUUAACGGCUGAGCUGGCGAAUCUAAAAAAGGCUUUGCGAAAAAUGGAAGAACGAGUGGAAAAGGCAGAAGCUCAAAUUGCGCAAAAUGAGCAGCUGCAAAUGGAGGUAGCGCUGCUUAAGACUGAGCUUAACGAAUGUCAAAACCAAGCCGUCUCCACCGAUAUCAUUAUCAAUGGUCUCCCCUAUGUGGAUGGUGCGAUUUUUACGGAAGACCAACGAGACAGCAGCGUUGAAUACUCAUUUAAAUACGCGGUGUAUCGCAUUAACAAAGACAAGAUGCUAUUGUCAAACACACAGCUAAUUUAUGAUAUUGAGUACGUGCCACGUGAUGAUUCCUUCCGUACAACAAAAAAGAUAUGUCGCCAGUUGGAGUCUGGAGUUCAAGUCAUUUUUGGUCCAACGGAUCCCUUGCUUGCUGCCCAUGUGCAAUCCAUUUGUCAAUCAUUCGAUGUGCCACAUAUCGAGACUCGCAUAGACUUUGACACAAAUUUCAAAGAGUUCUCGAUAAAUCUUUACCCAUCUAAGCGGCUUUUGAGUUUGGCACACCGUGAUUUGAUGAUUUUUUUGAACUGGACAAAAACUGCCAUUAUCUAUGAGGAUGAUUAUGGCCUCUUUAAUCAACAAGAUCUGAUGCGUUCGACGCCAGAUUUCCGCACCGAAAUGUAUAUACGCCAAGCAUCGCCUGCAAAUUAUCGGCAAGUUCUGCGCGCCGUUCGUCAAAAGGAAAUUUAUAAGAUUAUUGUAGAUACUAACCCGACAAAUAUAAAUAGAUUUUUCCGAGCGAUUCUUCAGCUCCAGAUGAAUGAUCAUCGCUAUCACUACAUGUUUACCACAUUUUGGCUUUUACCUGAUCCGUUUCGAAUCGGAUUGCAAACCAGGGCUGAUCUUCUGCAUCAAAUAUCUAGAUUAUCAGCCCUAUUCUGCAUUUCGAUUACGUUUCCGCAUUCUGCUCCGCAACAAUCGUAAAUUGGUAUUCUGAGUUACGAUCGAAUCGAAAGAAGAAGAGGAAGAGCGAAAACAUCUGGGAAAUCAGCUGGUUUCCUAGGAAUGUGUGAAAUCGAAACAAAACAAAAUAAAUAUUUGCCACCAAAUAUAGCAGCAUAUGAAGUUAAAAUUUGUAAAUAUUUU